AUGAUUGAUGAAUAUUGGUCCAAAGAGGACUUCAGUGGAGUCGGUAAGUACUUUACUUUAUUGUUACAGAUUUUAAUGUUGUUAGAAUUUAAAAUUUUGCUGUUUUGUCGUAGAGCUGUAGAAAAAUCAUCUUUAAAUGUUAUUUUACCGUAUUUAGUUGACAUUUCUGUGUUACGUAUUUUACAAUUGAAAAUAACCAAAAUUUGUUUAGAAAUCCGUGAAGUCCCACUAAAGCUCCAUCCCGGAGACUGGUUCAGUCAGAAUGUCGCUCUCGGCUACAAACUCGUCUUCUCGGAUUUGAAUCCGGAUCUUGUUAUCGUGGAUCACAGUGCCAGUUGUGUGCCUAUGAUCAAGUGGCGUUUCCCAUUGUGCAAAGUAUUGUUUUACUGCCAUUUCCCUCAGCAACUCGUCACUCCCAACAGAUUUUUCUUGUACAGGUGGUACUCCAACCUGAUAGGACUAAUCGAGGAGAAAAUGUUCGAAAGUGCAGAUUCUAUCAUGGUCAACAGUCAUUAUACUGGUAGGUUUGGCCAUUUGUUUCUUAGUUUACAUUUUUUGAAAUAUUUUGGACAAAAGUCAAACAUUGAGGCUUUUCUAAGCAUAAAGAGAAGAAUAACUUUUUUAGCCAAAAACUUUAUGAAUGUGAUGCCGACCGUACCUUCAAACAAAGUUCAAGUAGUAUACCCACCAUGUGAUGUAGACUCGAUAUCCUGUGGCAUGACGCAGUCCAUCAGUCGAAAAGACCGUGCUCCGAACUCCCGCUACACUUUCUUGUCGAUGAACAGAUUCUGGCCCGAGAAGCGCCUCGACAUCAUCGUGGAAGCCGCUUCGAUUCUCCGUGAACGAGGUCUGAAUCCCAAGAUUCAGCUAGCCGGCUCCGUGAUGCCUCACAUUCCUGAAUCCCGAAUCUACUACGCCGAACUACAGAAGAUGGUGAAAGACUACCACCUCGAGGAUUCUGUGGAAUUCAUUCCGUCGCCGAGCGAAGCCGAGAAGUUCAGACUGUACCGUGAAUGUGACUCAGCGUUAUACACUCCACCCAACGAGCACUUUGGCAUCGUGCCAAUUGAGGCGUUGGAGCAGAGAAGACCGGUUAUUGUGAUUGACAGUGGAGGACCGUCAGAAACGGUGGUUGAAGAUGUUACUGGGACGAAGAUCGCCAAGCCUGACGGUCAUCUACUGGCUGAAGCCAUGAUGAAACACAUGAAAAGGACGACGUGGGAAGACCUUGAUGUUGACAGCAAAUACUCCAAACAGGUAAGGGCUUUAUUCUAUUUGUAUUUACUUUUUAUUUUAAUUUUUGUCGAGGAAUAAAGCGGAGUUUCGGGCGCGACUUGGGGCUUUGUUUUCCAGGUUGCACAUAUUUUGUUUAUAAGCUUUUAAAAGUCAAACUAUCAUUAAUACAAAAUUUUCAAUACAAUUUUACAAUGGAACUUUUAAAUUUACAAUUUUCAGCGUGAACGCUUCAUCCGCGACUUCAGUGCUCAAGGCUUCGGCAACAGAAUCGACGAAGCGGUGAAGAAAAUGAUUCCGAACUACAUUCCUGUCGCGGCUCUACCACAAUCGGCUACAGAAGGCUUUGUUUCGAAGAUUCCAAAGGUUUCCGAGUUCAGAAGACGCGCCAAUCACGCUUAA